CAUUUCCCUGUGAGCUGCUGCAGGAAGAGCUCUAUCAGUGUGCGUCCAUCAUUUUGGGGCACAGAUGGGUCCCUCUACCAUCUUGAACACCAGGAUGUGGACCUUUUUAUUUCUUUACAUCUUGGCCAUAAACUUCUGUCAGACUACUGGAUAUGGAAACUCAACACAAAUGCUUUAUGCCAAACUGAUAAUAGACGAAAACUCAAUUCCGAAUAUCACUGCGAUGCUGCAGCCUUUGAUGAAAAGCACAACCUUUUAUGUUGAAACACCUGUAAUGACAACAAAAUGUAAUGAUGUUUCAAGCAACAAAGAAUGUAAAUGCUAUCAGGGCUACAAAUGGAAUGAUGCUCUUUGUCAGUCUAAUCCGACAUGUUGUGACAACACGAGCUGUAUUUUGGGGAAAAGUGUAGACGCAAUGUGUAUUUUAAACACCACAGUUACCAUCAAGGGGUCUCUUAAACUGCCGGAUGAAAAAUAUGUAGGUUGUUUACAAGAUGAAAAAUCAGAUACCUAUCAGGCUUGCAGAAAUGGCGUGUUGAAAACGAUGAAAGAGGUUUUUAGCACUUUGAGAGGAUUUGACUAUUUAGAUAUCACAGGAUUCAGGCUUGGAAGCAUCAUCACAGAUUUUGUAAUGAGCAUUGUUUUUGGAAUCAGUUCAAAAGAUCUGAUUGACCUAUCUUUAAACAUGAGCCAACAGCUGUCAGCUUCGCUUGAUAUGAACACCUCAGGUGUUGUCCGCUUAAUAAUGCCAAAAAUGCCUGUGCCUUAUGAGGCCACCGACCAAAUGAUCACAUGCACAGCAAAUGAGAAUCUGCAGGCUUCACCAAAAUGGACCAUAACGAACAUGAUUGGAAGAUAUAACAUAACUGAUGGAACAGUCUCAACUGUUACAAUUGUAUCACCAACUAAGAGUUAUAUCAACCUCAAAACAGUGACAGAUCUCUGGGAAGGAGACUACUUAUGUCUCUACCACCAAAAGGAUUAUCGUAAUGGAUCUUCAGUCAACAUAUUUCACAAAGAUAGCGCUAAAUUGGAUGUAGCCCUAAAGCCACACAUUGAUGUCUCCACUAAGCCAUCAUUUCCACGCUGUACAACUCAAAACCCUAUUCUGGUGGUAAUAGCCAAAUGCGUGAUAAAGGAUAGCAGCGAACCUUAUAAUGUGACAUGGAGUGGUACCGGCCUCAGAGAACAAGCAAAUCAAACUGAGAGUGAUAACACACUAGCUUACACAGUUAAAAAAAUAUUUAACUGUAAUUCAGACAAAGGAAAUGAUACUGGAAUAACAUGUACAUUUCAGAACAGGCUUGGACAAAUAACAACUUCCUCGGUGCCCUUCAAUAUCAUACAAGAAGGGGAAAAAUACUGUAAAGCUGAAAGUGACUGGGAAGACACCAAAGCUGGUUUCACUGCAGUUUUAAAGUGCAAGAACUCAGCUGGGAUAAUACGAAGGAAAUGCGACUCAAAUGGAAAUUGGGAGCCCGAGCUGUCUGGAUGUGUGAACUCAGACCUUUACAGUGUGUUGCAAAAUGCCAUAAUUUCUGACACUGGACUUGGGUCAUUAGAUCAAAAUGCAGGAACUGUAUUUUCCAACCUUCAGAAUGUUACUAAAACAGCGGAAACUAUUAACACUUUUGCCAACGUGAAUACAUCAGUUGUAGUACUCAACACUAUGAGUGUAAAGCUGGAGAACAAAAGCAUAUCUGUUCAAGACACAGUCAAUGAUAUCCUGACCUCAUCCAGCAAUCUACUGGAUAAGUCUCUUCAAAUGUCAUGGAAAACACCGGAUCCUAACAGCAACAAAACCCUGGCUGAAAUAUAUCUGCAUUCAGUUGAGAAUUUAAUUAUGAUAUCAGAAAUGAGUAAUAGUUCAGUUAAAGAAAACAUACAUGUAGACACAUGCAAUGCCAGCGAUCAAUGCAAAAAUAAUGUUUUCAAUGCUGAAGUCACUGUCAAAAGAUCAGGAGAUGGCAGAGUAAAAACAGCUGGAUUCAAAAACCUGCAGAACUAUUUACCCAAUACCACAAAUACAUCUAGCAUUAACAGUAUUAUUGUGUCAACAACUUAUGAAGGGAGUAAAAAAGAUCUUGAAAUUAAAUUGAAGUUUGAAUUGCUCCAAACAAGGCCUCCUGAUGUUGAAAUGGAGUGUGUCUCAUGGGAAUACAACAACAGCCGUUGGUCACCACGUGGAUGUAAAUGGGGGGGUGCUUCUAAGCCUGAUGUGUGCAUUUGCAAUCAUAUGACUUCAUUUGCUAUUCUGAUGUCUAAGACUCCCUUGGACAUCCCUUAUAUGACUGAAAUUACCUACACUGGACUUUCUGUAUCAGUUGCGUCACUCAUUAUCAGCCUCCUGAUAGAACUGAUCGUCUGGAACAGCGUAGUCAAGACGAAUACUUUAUAUCUACGCCACACUGCCCACAUUAACAUUUCUCUAUGUUUGCUAGUGGCAGAUUGUUGUUUUCUGGCGUCUUCUUACCCAGAGGGCAUUUCAGACAUCUGGUGUAAAAUCUCAGCGCUUCUGAAGCAUUUCUGCUACCUGGCCAUGUUCUUUUGGAUGUUAAGUCUGAGCACCACACUCCUUCAUCAGGCAGUUUUCCCCUUUCACAAAGUGGGCAAAAAAACCUAUCUGAGGUUCUCGUUGUUCCUGGGCUAUGUUUGUCCUUUUCUCAUUGUUUCUAUCACAUUUCUCACCAACAACGCCGGAAGCGAAGGCUCGUAUUUCGAGCUGAAGACCUGUUGGCUGGUUUAUUCUGGAAUUCUGAAAGGAACCAUCUAUACAUUUAUUCUACCAGUUGGCAUAAUUGUUUUCAUCAAUUUGUUUUCCAUGGUAGUGGUGAUCAUGAAGCUUUUGGACCACAAAAGCACAGAGAAAACCCAUGAAAACGAAAUGAGAGCUGCCAAAACUGUCCUGAGAUCAGUUAUUCUUCUGACUCCAAUCUUUGGUUUGCCGUGGAUUUUUGGAUUCGCUACAUUUAGUCUUGACCUCACAGCUGGAGCUGUGACUUUGGCUGUGAACUAUGCCUUUGUUCUGCUCAACGCAUUUCAGGGUUUGUUUAUUUUGUUGACCACAUGCCUGGGAGACAAAAUGACCCGUGAAGCACUGCUGAAUACCUGUAGGAAGAAAAAAGCUCCACCAACGAUCAGCGAAAGCUCCACCAAGUUAGAAGCAACCAAAAAGACUUCGAGAACAGCUGAAAACAUGUAAAUUAAAAAACUACAUUUUACUCACAAAAUCAAAUGUAAUAGAUUCAUGAGCUACACUUACUUCUUGAUGUGACUCUUUGUUUAUUUGCAGUAAUACAAGAGAAACGUUGUAAUAUUUGUUAUGUACAUAUCUGUGUUUCUU